AUGAAGGACCCUACAGAAGAGGAACUUGCUGGAGCCGCGGAGAAGCUCGAUACAAUGGUUGCGCAGUUGCAGCUCUGCCCAGAUUUCUUCUUCUCCCCGGCCAGCUUCGGCCCUCUUCCGGAGCUGUGGUUGCAAGCCAAGCUCACCAUCGAGCUUCAGCCUUUUCAGGAUAAAAUGGCCCGGAUCCUCUAUGCCAUAGCUGUUGAACUGUGGCUCAGAAAGGGGGAAGCUGACAUCCAACGCACCCUCGAUGGUGCCGCAUCUCGGCCCUCAUUUCUCUUCCAACGGGGCAGUGCUGGCUCCUAUCAGAAUGUCCAGAAGGUUUACAUUCAAAGUGUGCGAAGUACCCCGCCGCCACAGUCAGAUGAGGCCAGUGGCGAGACUGCGGGAGCCCGCACUGAUGGCAACCUUCUGGCGGUACGAUUUGCCGACAAUCGUGCCCCUGGCACGACAUGGGAUAUCGACACUGAGUAUGCUCAACGAAACAGCUUUAGUGCCACGAUUGAGGGGUACAGUAACAAUCUGAUUCAGCCAGCGGUGAUGUUGAGCUUUGUCCCUAUGGGAGCGACGCGGGUAGUCCUGGAGAUUAUCACCCCAUCUGAGAAUGGCAUCACAGCCGAACGUUGGAGGAAAGAUGCUGCGGUGUGCCCUUCCAAUUGGCCCACUGAUUAUAGCUUGCUGCGUGCGUG